CUGCUCUUCUCUGUAGGGUAACAGGAAGAGGAAGGGAUGGAUGUGGAGAAGAAUAGAGCGCAAUAUGAGCCCUAUCUCAAUCGUUUUCGCAAAAUAGUUCUAAGUUGGGAUUAUUUACGUCUCCUUUCAGAAUCCGAGAAAAAGCUUGAUGGAGCGGCUCUGGGUGUAAAGGAAGUAAAAGAUACUUACGAAGACAUUAACGAUUAUAUUGGGACAUUCGAAUCGCUUCUUUUCGAGGAGGUGAAAGCCCAAAUUAUUCAGCAGAAAGAUGAAGAAGAGGUGACAGAAGGGCAGUUUGGUGUCAUCACUAAGUGCAGUGAGGCUGAUGGGUUUCACAAACCAGUGCUGGCCUAUGUAACCAAUGAAGAUCAAACAUUGUCGGAUAAUGAUCUUAUACUGCUUUCGAAAGAGAAGGUAAUGGUUCAAGGCGGGGUGACUCUCCCUACUACAUAUGCUUUUGCACUAGUAGAAAAUCGUGUACGUAAAGAUGAAUUUUCGCUUCGCCUGUUUCUUGCUGGGGAGGUUGAGAUGUCCAAUAUAGAUGAAAUCAAACAUAGUGUGAGGUUGUCAAGUAUGCAUACUGUUGUUAAUCAACCAGAGAAAGGUGUGUGGGUGAUCAAGAUUUGCAGUUUAUCGACUAUCCUUCGUGAAUAUGUGGCUAUCUGGUCUAUUGGCUCUCUCCCUUUCAAGGAUUUGAUAUUAUCUGCUGCUGAAAGGGAUGCUAAUUCAGAGGAUCGGGCCUGGAAAAUUCCUGUACCCCUAAUGGAAUUUCUUGAAACUAACCACAACACCUCGCAGAUGGAGGCCAUAAAUGCAGGUCUUUCACGCAAAACCUUUGUCUUGAUACAGGGACCCCCAGGAACGGGAAAAACACAGACUAUUCUUGGACUGCUUAGUGCCAUUCUUCAUGCAGCUCCGGCAAGAGUGCAAUCCAAGGGGGCGUCACGUAAUCUGAAACGUGGACCAGAAUUCUCCAUCAAGGAAAAGUACAAUCACUGGAUUCAAGCAUCUCCCUGGUUGACUGGCACUAAUCCUAGGGAUGAUAUCAUGCCAAUUGACGGCGAUGAUGGUUUUUUCCCAACCACUGGCAAUGAUUUGAAACCUGAAGUAGUUAACUCCAAUCGCAAAUAUCGGGUGCGUGUGCUUGUUUGUGCUCCAUCUAACUCUGCGCUAGAUGAGAUUGUGUUGCGCCUUCUGAACACUGGUAUUCGUGAUGAAAAUGACCGUGCAUAUAACCCUAAGAUAGUGCGAAUUGGUCUAAGGCCACACCAUUCUGUUCAAGCAGUCUCCAUGGAUUACCUGGUUGAACAAAAGCUUGCUGGUAUGGACCAUUCAAUAUCUGAUACCCGGAAACAUGGAGCUACAGGACAGGACCGGGACAGCAUCCGUGCUUCGGUUCUUGAUGAAGCAGCCAUUGUGUUCUCCACCCUUAGUUUCAGUGGUUCACCUCUUUUCACCAAAAUGAAUCGCAUGUUUGAUGUUGUCAUAAUAGAUGAAGCGGCUCAAGCUGUGGAACCAGCCACUCUUGUUCCAUUAGCUAGUGGAUGCAAACAAGUAUUUCUGGUUGGUGAUCCAGUUCAAUUGCCAGCUACAGUAAUUUCUCGUACAGCUGAGAGAUUCGGAUAUGGCAUGAGCAUGUUCAAGAGGCUUCAGAGGGCUGGCUAUCCAGUGCAGAUGCUGAAAACUCAAUACCGCAUGCAUCCUGAGAUAAGAAGCUUUCCUUCUAGAGAAUUCUACAAUGAUGCAUUGGAAGAUGGACCUGAUGUCAAAGACCAGACUGAACGUUCAUGGCAUGAGUAUCGCUGCUUUGCACCAUUUUGUUUUUUUGAUAUAGAAGAUGGAGUUGAAUCCCAGCCCUCUGGGAGUGGCUCAUGGGUUAAUGUUGAUGAGGUUGACUUUGUCCUGCUCAUGUAUCAUAAAUUGGUGACAAAAUACCCAGAGCUCAGAUCAAGUUCACGUAUAGCGAUUAUAUCCCCUUAUAGGCAUCAAGUGAAGCUCUUCCGCAAGCGGUUUUGUGAUACGUUUGGGACUGAGUCUGAUAAACUAGUGGAUAUAAACACUGUUGAUGGGUUUCAGGGGCGGGAAAAGGAUGUUGCAAUCUUUUCAUGUGUUAGGGCUAGCAGUGAUAAAGGCAUUGGGUUCUUAGCUGACUUCCGGCGGAUGAAUGUUGGCAUUACUAGAGCAAGAUCUUCCAUUUUGGUGGUUGGUUCUGCAUCAACAUUGAAGCGAGGAGAUAAACAUUGGCGCAACCUUGUAGAGAAAGCUGAAAAGCAAAACGGUCUCUUUAAGGUCUCAAAGCCGUAUGCUUCAUUUUUCAGUGACAAUAACUUGAAAAUUAUGGAAGUGAAGGUCAAAUCUACGAUUGAGUCAUUGGAAGACCAGCUGGAUGAGAUGGAAAAUAAUGCAAUUAUCUAUGGUAAUCCUACAGGUGAAGGUGAGCAAGGAAAUAUGGAGGAUGAAGACUACGGAGAUGGAGAAGCAGGCUUUGAUGAGGACUAAUUCCAUACAAAAUUAUGUUGUUUAGCCUUCAUGGUUGGUUUGGUUGGCCAAGCACUUCACAAAUAGAUGAUGGUGGGUGGGGAUUUUGAGAAAUGUUUUAGCAAAAGGAGGGGUGACGAGAAAGAACUACAGCUGCUAUCUGCAAGCUUUGCCUUCUUUGUGUAACAUCAUUGAAUUCAUCAAAGGGUAGUCCAAAUAGGAAAGGCCAUGAACUGUGGCUUAAGAAAUUGUGAAGUUAUUUUAUGUUGGGGAUAGUAGCGAAAUCCCACUUUUGUAUUUUU